AUGCAGGAAGUUUUGGUGAGGCGAUUGAAUACCGAUGGUAAAACAUUGUACCAUUCGGAGAUCUUGAUGCUCCUCAUCGUCCGUCACGAUACUAUCAUUCUGCUGUAUGGGUAUUGCGCUCGUGGAGCAUAUCGAGUUGUUGUAUAUGACUUCGUCGCUUGCGGGACUUCAGAGCAGGGCCGGUCCGGCAUAUUUGGGGGCCCGGGGCGAGAAUUAUUCACGGUGAAGGAUGAUAUUUAUAGUUACGGCAUUCUAUCGUUGGAGUUGAUUAGUGGGAGUUUGACCAGACUUUUCAUUAUCGGAGAGAGACACAACUUCGACUGGGCAGAGGCCAGAUGCUUCAAGGAUAUAAUUGAUGAGAAGAUAAAUGCUCCAGAAGAUCAGUUGAGCGGACUUGUUGUUAUUUUGAAGAGUUGUAUCAGUGCUGAUCCUGACUAUCGGCCUAGCAUUCAUGGUGUAGCUAUUGUUAUGAGAAAUUUGAUAAGGAGAUCUACAAGUGACAAAAUUGAAGGAAAAAAAUUGCGUCAAGCUCCAUCGAUUGAAGUAUCGAAUUGA